AUGUCACAAGAUAAUUAUGAUCAGUCACGUCAAAACAUACAAGGAAUUGAACAAGAUUCUACAUCCGAUCUCCCCAUAAGAUCUGUAAUAAAUAUAAUGGCUUCUCCUCCAAGAAAUAAUUCUACUACUUAUGACCGGCACAUACAUCUAAGAACCCCUGAUCCGAUUAAUGAUUUCCGUCAAUCGCAUAUCGAUUACAAUACAAAAAAACGAAAAAUUUCAGUGAUCGAGGAAGAUGCACAGCAAGAAGAGGACGGUCGUAUAUAUAGGGCUGUCCUAGGAAAGUCGAUGUUUCCUCUUAAAAAUACAACAGAUGAAAUUAUUCGACGUAUAAAUAAUAGUCCAUCAAAAGUACAGAAAACAGUAUUACCUUAUAGCACACCGACUAAGCAACAAUCGAACGCUAUUGAUUCACCGUUCCGAAAUUCUUAUUCAUCGAGCCCUCUUCCAUUUGAAGCGCAAAUGAUUCUGACUAGUCCACGUAAACCAUUGAGAUACAUUAGUAAACAUCCAUAUAAAGUGCUUGAUGCUCCAGACCUACAGGAUGAUUUUUAUUUGAACUUGGUUGAUUGGUCCUCAAGUAACGUUUUAGCCGUAGGUCUAGGGACCUGUGUCUAUCUUUGGAGUGCUGCCACGUCAAGUGUCGUUAAACUAUGUGAUUUAUCAAGUCAAGGUAGUCAUAGAAACAGUGUUGAUAACGUCACUUCAGUCAGUUGGAUGCCUACGGGUUCACACAUAGCUAUUGGUACAACUUUAGGUCCUGUGGAAAUUUGGGAUGUACAAAAAAGAAAAAGAGUUAGAAAAAUGAGAGGCCAUUCCCAACGAGUUGGUGCCUUGGCUUGGAAUCAAUACACAGUUAGCUCAGGAAGCCGUGACAGGCUGAUCUUCCAUAGGGAUGUAAGAGUCCCAAGAGAUUUUACAAAAAAAUUGAUAGGACAUCGACAAGAGCUUUUAAUUUGGGACAUUGCGAAUGAUGUUCCCCUUCAUAAAUUUCUUCAUCAUACAGCGGCUGUCAAAGCAAUUGCUUGGAGUCCACAUUCGCAUGGUCUUUUGGCAAGUGGUGGUGGUUCCCAAGAUAAACACAUUAGAUUUUGGAGUACUUCAACUGGUGAAGCGUUAGAAUAUUAUGAUACUGAGUCCCAAGUUUGUAACCUUGCAUGGUCUAGGCACUCAAAUGAACUAGUUUCAACCCAUGGUUAUUCUCAAAAUCAAGUAAUUCUCUGGCAGUACCCUUCCAUGGAACAAUUAGCAGUUUUAAGAGGUCAUACAUAUCGUGUCCUAUUUCUUUCCAUUUCACCUGAUGGAGAAAAUAUUGUUACUGGUGCUGGUGAUGAAACAUUGCGUUUUUGGAAUAUUUUUAAUAACGGCGAAAAAGAAAAGAAACGGGAAUCAGCGUUUGAUAUUCGCACACAAAUACGUUAA